AUGCCGACAUCGCUAACAUUGCAACAGCAGUCUCCCCACUCUGGCUUAUCGAACGCCAACUCACUCGGAAUGUGCCUGUUCUGGCAGAGUCGUUUGGGCUGCGGUUGUCGAGGCCGGUUGCUAGGUUUCUUCUGCGACAAUGUUCUGGAAAGGGACAUCGAGGAUCGGACGUUCUGUGAUGCUCAAACCCUUACAGUCAUCCAGAAAGAAGAGGCCUGCCCCUUCCACGACGGGCCAGGGGAGCUGCCAGGAGAGGUGGCCGAAGCUCGCGGAGAGAUUAUCGAUUACGCUGACUGGGAGGGAUCAGACAGCUCAUGGAUUGCGGAGGAUGAGACUGCAUAUAGGACAUCUGAGAGGAUGGAUCCCCCGGCAAGAGCAGAGGUGGCGACGCAACCUUCUUCCAGAGACAAUGCUGCCAACAGAGCAGCCAACAGAGCAGCCAACAGAGCAGCCAACAGAGCAGCCAACAGAGCAGCCAACAGAGCAGCCAACGGAACAAUCAACGGAGCAGCCAACAGAACAGCCAACAGAACAAAUCAUGGAGAAUAUCCCGGGGAGGAAGACUCCAACGACGAAGUAGGACAACAUGCGGAAGCAAGGUCUGCACAAAGGGAACGAGAGAUACGAAGAAGAGACUCAGGGAGCAGACUGAACGAGAGAUACGAAGCAGAGGCUCAAGAAGCACAUUGAACAAUGUCUAAAGAAGGAAUGCAGGGGACAAAGGAAUCUAGAACUACACACAUUGCUGUGAGAGAUGCUAGUUUGUUCAAACCCGUCAUUCGAUCGCGUGAAGUAGGAAAGCGGUCAAUGGUGUUAGGACCCCGCUUCAGAAAGGGAAAUAGGAAGCAGAACUUGGGCUUGCUACUGGAUCAAAGUUGAGGGAUGCUCCUCUGGGGUAACUGGAAGCCAGCGGUCAGCUAUAGAAAUCGUGAAAUUGAAUGAUUCGUUUCCAAUCCUAAGUCAUGUUCUGUGCUGUGGGGAAAUCAAUCCAGUUACAGGUGUGUUCUCUCCUCCGAAGGAGAUACACUGUUCUUGAGAGCAUCCCUGAGAGCCUCAUCUGAGAGAGAAUGUGAAGGACGUCUUGAUCUAAUUGCCUUAGGGGAAUAAUGUCAUUGUACUCCAGAUUUGCCUAUUUGCAGGGGUUAAUGUACGAU